AUGGAGAGAAGAGUAGCUUCUCUUUUACUAGUGGGUUUUUACCUGCUGCCUUUUUGCAGGGCAGAAGAGGGACUGAACUUCCCCACUUAUGAUGGAAAGGACCGGGUAGUAAACCUCAAUGAAAAGAACUACAAGCAGAUUCUGAAGAAAUAUGACCUGCUCUGCCUCUUCUACCAUGAGCCGGUGUCUUCGGAUAAAGUUUCCCAAAAGCAGUUCCAAAUGAAAGAAAUUGUCCUAGAGCUGGCGGCCCAGGUCCUGGAACACAAAGCUAUAGGUUUUGCCUUGGUGGACUCCAAGAAAGAAGCCAAGCUUGCUAAAAAGCUAGGUUUUGAUGAAGAAGGAAGCCUGUAUAUCCUUAAGGGUGACCGCACUAUUGAGUUUGAUGGAGAAUUGGCUGCUGAUGUCUUGGUGGAAUUCCUUUUAGAUCUAAUUGAAGACCCAGUGGAGAUCAUCAACAGCAAACUGGAAGUCCAAGCCUUUGAGCGCAUUGAUGACUAUAUCAAACUCAUUGGCUACUUUAAGAGUGAAGACUCAGAACAUUACAAGGCAUUUGAAGAAGCAGCUGAGCAUUUCCAGCCCUACAUCAAAUUCUUUGCCACUUUUGAUAAAGGGGUUGCAAAGAAGUUAACCCUGAAGAUGAAUGAGGUUGACUUCUAUGAACCGUUUAUGGAAGAGCCCACUGCAAUCCCAGAUAAACCUUACACGGAGGAAGAGCUUGUGGAGUUUGUGAAGGAACACCAAAGACCCACGCUACGCAGGCUGCGUCCAGAAGAUAUGUUUGAAACCUGGGAAGAUGAUUUGAAUGGAAUCCACAUCGUGGCCUUUGCAGAGAAGAGCGACCCUGAUGGCUUUGAGUUCCUGGAGAUCCUGAAACAAGUUGCCAGGGACAAUACCAAUAAUCCUGACCUAAGCAUAGUAUGGAUUGACCCAGAUGAUUUCCCAAUGCUUGUCACCUACUGGGAGAAGACAUUUAAGAUCGACCUGUUCAAGCCUCAGAUUGGAGUAGUGAAUGUAACAGAUGCAGACAGUAUCUGGAUGGAUAUAAUAGAUGAUGAUGACUUACCUACCCCUGAAGAACUAGAAGAUUGGAUAGAAGAUGUACUUUCUGGGAAAAUAAAUACAGAAGAUGAUGACAAUGAUGCUGAAGAUGAUGAUGACGACGACGACGAUGAUGAUAACUCUGAAGAAGAUGAUGAUGAUGACGAUGAUGAUAGUGACGAGGAGGAUUAGCUCUCAUGCUGAAAUUCUCACAGACACGGAACCAUUUUUAUUCAUUAUCCUUUAAAGACAGAAUGGGAGACAGGAACAGGCAGUCCCAAAGAGAUCCUUCCUUUAUUUUUAAGACCUCCUUUUGUACUCCCUUAUUAUCAAGAAUGAGAAAACAGUAACUCCUUCCUAAUAUAAUGUGAGAGAUUGCUGGUGGAUAUAGGUUGGGAAUAGGAGAGUGAGAAGGGGGAGGAUAGGGAAUAUGUCUGGUUCUAAUGUCCAGAC